ACUACAGUAAUGACAAUAUUUAUUGAAAAACUGUAUACAAUUGUAUUGACUCUAACAGUACAGUACUAUCAGUAUAUGUAUUAAGUGUUGUAUUAAACGAUACACUGAUUGUGUGUUUGUGUGAACACUGAGUGAAUACACGGAUAGGCGUCGGCUUUGCAUUGAAUGCAGUGAUUGACAACUGAUUGCACUAUAAAUUGUCGACAUUUUAAUUGGCGAUCAUUUGAUCCAAUUUUUUAGGCCAAUAUGUCAGAAACGGGUGGCGACCACAAAGUGGACACUCACGAGGAGGAAGAGGACCUGAGUUAUAAGCCUCCACCGGAAAAGACGUUGAAUGAAAUCAUUAACGCCGACAAAGAGGAUGAAAGUCUUCAGAAGUAUAAACAAACUCUUUUAGGAGCCGCCACUCAGGAUCUGGUGAUCAUUGAAGCAGAUAAUCCCAACAGAGUUAUUGUCAAACAAUUAGCUCUUCUCGUCGAAGGCCGACCUGAUAUGGUUCUCGACUUAAGUACAGGAAACUUAGAGGCGAUUAAAAAACAAAUUUUUACAAUUAAAGAAGGCAUUCAGUAUAGGAUCCGAAUUGAUUUCAUUGUUCAGAGAGAGAUAGUAACGGGUCUUAAAUAUCAGCAGAAAAUACACCGACACGGCAUCCAAGUGGAGAAAAUGAAUCAAAUGGUCGGCAGUUAUGCGCCUAAAGUGGAUCUUCAAUCCUACACGAGUCCUGUAGAAGAGAUGCCAUCAGGUUUGCUAUCGCGGGGCACAUACAAUGUCAAGUCCCUGUUCACAGAUGAUGAUAAUCACCAGUGGCUUAAGUGGGAGUGGAAUUUUGAGCUCAAAAAGGACUGGUAGUCACAAAAUAUGAUAAUCAAACCAAUUUGUCAGACGCGCAAAACAACCAAAAUCACCUCAACCUGUGAUUACCCCUGUCUUAGAUUAUUGUAAUGUAUGUGCCUUUCAGUGUCCAAUUAUUUGUCGUUUUAUAAUUAGAUAUGUUUUUGAAUUUUGUGUCAAUUAAUUCAAUUCAUAUUAAUCGCCACAAACUUUAUAACAAUAAUAAUAAUA